AUGGCUGAUACCGAGCGAAAGAUUGCCGCCAUCAACGACUUGUGCGAGUCCAACUCGGAUCGCGCUCAUCUCGCGCGACUCACAAUGCGUGGCCAAGGCUACGCGGAGUGGAUGAUGCGGCGCCUUGUGCCUGCUCUUGUAGCUGGAGACCAGGGUGUAGCCGAGGUCACAGAGGCAAUGGCGUGCGCCACGAUCGAUGAGAGUGGGCUUCCCUUCCGUCCCGUCCCCAAGAUGUCAUACCUUCCCGGUGGAGACGCUCGGUACGAGGAGUCUUUGGCAAGCAUCUGUCUCCCAGAGGAUCGACAACGUUGGCCUGUGUUUUUUCGUGAGGUUCUACUCGGACUGGCUAUCAUCACUGCGGGCCCAGGCUACGGGAAGACCACCGAGAUGGCAAAAAACAUCCUUGCCAUGGAGUACAGCUUUGGUCGUGUCUUCUGCACGGCCCCGUCUAACGUGGCCGUCACCAAUCUCGCGGUCCGCGUCGACAAGAUCACCAUGGCCGUAAGCGACCGGCACAACGACAAUAUUCCUGGGGGAACGCCUCGAGCUCGUCGCAGAAUGAUAGUUCGUGGUUACAAACGAAAGGACGAGCUCGCUGCCUUCAGGAGUCUUCUGAAAGACCCGAAGCUCGGCGACGCGGCUGCCCCUCGUAAAUUCGGUGGCCUUUCACACUGGCGCCUUGACUUGUCUUUGGCCUUUUGGGUUCUAGUGCUUCUACGGUCACCAGCUGUACGCGACCUUCACGAAGAUGAUAACGAGGAACUGCACCAGCUACAGCAUGAAGUCGACGCACGAGAAGAUUGGAUCAGCCUUCGAGACGUGGCCACUGGAAGGAUCUCAUGGGACGCAUAUAACGGCAACUCCAGCUUUCCGCCAGCUCACAUGCAGACCGUCGAGAUCAUCAUGAAUCAACUCGUGGCAAUCGCUGACAUCCUGGCCACCACACCAGCCAUGAUUGCCAAUACCAAUGAGGUCUACAAAAACUGGCGAUCCGACGCAAAGGCCAUUGCCAUCGACGAGGCCGCGAACAUGGAUCGUGGCGACCUCAUAACCGCCUGGGGUAACGAGAUGUUGCCGUUGCUGUGUGGCGGAGAUCCAGAGCAGCUUCCACCAACUGUUCUGACUGAUCAAUGCUCACUCGACACAUCCGGUCACGUUCUUAACCAGUUCUCGAACGAUGGCCGCGUAUCUGCUCAGGGCUUCUUGAUGGCAAGCGGUCACUCGGUCUACCGCUUGCGCUUACAACUCCGGACCGGCAAUGGCCUUUUCGACAUUGUCGGCAAGGUCAUCUACCCGGACAUCCCGGUGAGAUACGGACCCAGCUGCGAUAUCAACCUGCCGAAGUUCGAGGUGGGACAUCACCUAGAGGCGUAUUGCAGAGAGCGCUUCUCCGAGUUGCUGGCUCCUGCGAAAGACAAAUUCGCCCCUGUCUUCGUCCAUUGCAGCGACACAGGCGUAUACGUCGACUCCGUGACUGGGAGUAAGCGAUCCCCCGACCAGGUUCGCACCGCCCUCUCUUUUGCCGCCGACUUCGUCACGAAAAAGUCCGUCGAUGCGUCCAAGCUGGUCAUUCUGUCCCCUUACAAGCAGAAUGUCGCGCUGAUCGACCGAUGGAGCAAGCGGUACCCCGAGCUUGCUGGCAUGCCUCCUCCGUCAACUAUCGACGGCUACCAAGGGCAGGAGAAGGACAUUGUCUUGGUUGUGAUGGGCACCAAGGCGUUCAAACCUGGCCCUGGCUUCACGAAAAACCGCAAUCGCCUCAAUGUCCUCCUCACGAGGCAACGCUGCGGUCUCGUCAUCUUCGGCGACAUCCACGUCGCUGGAUCGUUGAAGAAUUCGGACUUCGGGACUUUGCCUCAAUUGGACCUUCCUGCCAUGUCUGCUUACAAGCCUGCGAAGGCCCCGUCAUUUGGGGUACUGCGGGAAGCGGGGCCCGGCAGGUCAUCUGCGCCAGAGAUGUAUAGGAUCUGGCUACUGCUGUGGCAGAGCGGCAGGGUCGUCACCACCUCUGUCAAAUGUGCCUCCAAUGACCUCAUAGGAAAGAGCACAACCAAGCCUGCUGAAGUCAAUCUGGAGGAAGAGGCGGUCAGCACGGUCGCCGACGACGAGACAGAGGAACCCGCUGUCGAGGCCCCUGCUGAGGACGUCGUCGAUUCCGCCCAGCAACUGGCAUUAGCCGACGAUGGGAACGACUACAUGUUCUCGGAGGACGAGGAGGAUGAGAGCGAUGAUGUCGAGGAGGAUGAGAGCGAGAGUGAGGUUGCGGAGAAGGCUGAGGAAGAGGUCAAGGAAGAGGUCGACGCAGAGACCAAGGAGGAGGCCAAGAAGCGCGAGGAGAAGAACGUCCUCCCAGACAUGACCUUUGACGCCUUCAGCGUUGAUUUUGACAUUUAA